CAGGUACUGAAAAGCUCUGAAAACCCACUUCCUGAAGAUGGGACUGGAAUUGUGUACAUGGGACCUUUAUUUCCAACUGCUGCAAGCUCAGUGACUUUGUUACAUGAAUGCUUCUGAAUUUGGAUGUAUCAGAAUUUCUAAAUAGCAAGUGAUAAUACUGUUUUGAAAACCUAGUAUUAUCAAGGAACAAAUAUGAGGGUGCCUGUCAUUCAGGAUUUCAAGGAUGAAAACGAAGGAGAAGAAAGAGAAGAAGAAGGAGGAGAUGAGGAAGAUGAAGAAGAAGAGAAGGUUUUCCUUAAGCCGGUCAUUGAAGACAGAAAUAUGGAAUUGGCCAGAAAAUGCACAGAACUGAUUAGUGAUAUCCACUAUAGAGAAGAAUAUAAAAAGUCUAAAGACAAGUGUACAUCUGUGACUGACACCCCUCUGCUAAAUCAUGUGAAAAGCAUAGGUGCUUUUAUUUCGGAGUCCAAGUACAAAGGCACCAUUAAACAGGAUCUCUCCAACUCAAUUUAUAAACAGAUGCCAGCCACAAUUGACAGUGUGUUCGCAAGAGAAGUCACCCAGCUUCAGAGCGAGGUUUUCUACAAACAGAAACAUGAUGCGGAAAAAGGAGCUUCAGAUUAUACCCAUAUGAAGGAGCUGCCAGAUGUUAAGCAUGCCAUGGAAGUCAGUAAGCACCAGAGUAACGUGUCUUACAAGAAGACGUCCCAAGAUGUCCACAAGUACACGGCAGGGCUGGACAGACCAGAUAUAAAGAUGGCGACCCAGAUCUCCAAGAUCAUAAGCAAUGCUGAAUACAAGAGAGGUCAGAGAGACAUGAAGAAGGAUUCUGCAGUAAUUGGAAGACCUGAUUUUGAACACGCUCUGGAAGCAUCUAAACUUUCUAGUCAAGUUAAAUAUAAAGAAAAAUUUGAAAGUGAUAUGAAGGAUAGAAAGCACCAGUACAACCCUCUGGACAGUGUCUGUUUCCGACAGAGUCAGUACGCGUCAACUCUGGCCAGUGAUGUGAAAUACAAGAAAGGGAGGCAAACGAUGCAUGAUCCAGUUUCGGAUUUCCCGAAUUUAUUAUUCUUGGACCAUGCUUUGAAAGCCAGCAAAAUGCUCAGUGAUCAUGAAUACAAGAAGCUAUUUGAGGAAAGCAAAGGGAGUUACCAUUUUUCUGCAGACAGAGUUGAUCACCUCCAUCAUAAAGGAAACUCUGUCCUCCAAAGCCAGGUUAAGUACAAGGAGGAAUAUGAAAAGGAGAAAGGCAAGACGAUGCUCGAGUUUGUUGUCACACCAUUGUAUCAGGCUUCGAAGGAGGCUCAAAAGAUGCAGAGUGAGAAAGUUUAUCGGGAGGAUUUUGAAAAGGGGAUCAAAGGGAGGAUGUCACUGGAUUUAGACAAGACGCCAGAAUUCUUACACGCGAGGUACAUGACCAACCUACUGAAAGAGAAAGAAUAUAAAAAAGAUCUUGAAAAUGAAAUCAAAGGGAAAGGAAUGGAACUCAGUUCGGAAAACCUGGACAUCCAGAGGGCAAAGAGAGCAUCCGAAAUGGCUAGUGAGAAGGAGUACAGGAGAGACCUGGAGACUGAAAUUAAGGGGAAAGGGAUUCAGAUUGGAACUGAUUGCCUCGACAUCCAGCGAGCCAAGAAAGCCUCUGACAUCACAAACCAGAGAGAAUACCAACGCGAUCUGGAGACAGAAAUCAAAGGCAGAGGAAUGCAAGCUGGUCCUGAGACUAUUGAAAUUCAGCGAGCUAAGAGAGCGUCUGAGAUUGCCAGCCAGAAAGAGUACAAAAAAGCUCUGGAAACUGAAAUUAGAGGCAAAGGAAUGCAAGUGGGCACAGAUAUUCCUGAUAUGCAGCGGGCGAAGAGAGCCUCCGAAAUCUUCAGUCAGGUCAAAUCAAAAAAAUAAGAUGAAGCAGAGAAGAUGCUAGGAAACUAUUCAACAGUAGUAGAUACUCCAGAAAUCCAGAGAAUUAAGAUAGCCCAGCAAAACAUCAGCACAGUGUUUUAUAAGAAAGGAGUAGGAGCUGGCACAGCAGUGAAAGAGACUCCAGAGAUUGAGCGGGCAAAGAAAAAUCAGCAGAAUAUUAGCUCAGUGAAAUACAAGGAAGAAGUUAAGCAUGCAACGGCAAUUUCUGAUCCCCCAGAACUAAAGCGCGUUAAGGAAAACCAGAAGAAUAUCAGCAAUCUCCAGUAUAAAGAGCCACACUACAAAGCUACUCCUGUGACUAUGACACCUGAGUUGGAUAGAGUCAAGAAGAAUCAAGAAAUUUCAAGCACUGUGAAAUAUAAGGAAGGAAUCAAGCAUGCGACUGCCAUUUCCGACCCUCCGGAGCUGAAGAGAGUUAAAGAAAAUCAGAAGAACAUCAGCAAUGUCCAUUAUAAAGAAAAACUGGGCAAAGCAACGGAUGUGAGUGUCACUCCAGAGAUGAAAAGAGUCAAGAAGAAUCAAGAAAACAUUAGCUCGGUAAAGUACACCCAUGACAAGAAACGAAUGGAAGGGAGGCCAAGCCUGAUUCUAGACACUCCGGGACUGAGGCAUGUCAGAGAAACCCAAAACAAUAUUUCAAUGGUUAAGUACCAUGAAGACUUCGAGAAGACAAAGGGAAGAGGCUUCACUCCUGUGGUGGAUGAUCCUGUGACGGAGCGCGUGAGGAGAAACACACAGGUGGUUAGCGACGCUGCAUAUAAAGGAGUCCACCCUCAUAUAGUAGAGAUGGACCGGAGACCCGGGAUCAUCGUGGACCUCAAAGUUUGGCGUACAGAUCCUGGCUCCAUCUUCGACAUUGACCCACUGGAAGAUAAUAUUCAAUCUAGGAGUCUCCACAUGCUUACGGAAAAGGCAAGUCACUAUAAAAGACAGCAGUCUCACUCCACCAGUACCUUUGGCACGAGUCUGGGGGAUGAAAAAUCAGAAAUUUCUGAGGCAAACCCUAGUUUCUCUUGCUCCAGUGAGGUAACAAGAGGAUCUGAUGAAGGAGCCCCUGUCCUUCCUGGGGCUUAUCAACAAAGCCAGUGCCAAGGCUAUGGAUACAUGCACCAGAGCAGCAUGUCAUCUGUAAGGUCGAUACAUUCCCAGCAACUUUCCCCGAGUCUGAGGACCUACCGGGCGAUGUACGACUACAGCGCUCAAGAUGAGGACGAGGUCUCCUUUCGAGAUGGAGACUACAUCGUCAACGUGCAACCUAUAGACGACGGCUGGAUGUACGGCACGGUGCAGAGAACCGGAAAGACCGGGAUGCUUCCGGCCAAUUACAUUGAAUUUGUUAACUAGUUUUUCUCCUUUGACCUUUGAGCUUCACUCUCACAUAUUCGAAACCUAACCUUUGUAAAGGAUGAGAAAUGCUUUAAAGACCACAUGCUCAUUAUCUUAUACCUGGCUGAAUAAUUGGUCCUCACACUGAGAAUUAGGAACUGCGAAAGGAAGAGCCAGGUCCCAGCUAAAAACGGUUAAUUCCUUAAGAGCGAAUUAACUCUGUCUGGAGAUAGGGCACUGCUGAAUAUGUUAAAGGUUUCCUGCAAUUGGCUAUGAAACUACCAGAAAACUACUUUUCCAGGAUUUAAUGGGGGCCCUGACUGCCUUAAACCCAUCCGUAAAAGGAAGGAAUCUCCUUAUGCUGUCCUUUUGGAGUCAUGCGAGGCUCAUUCUCCUUAAUUUAAUAACCCUUCCAGUUACUUCAGAGAUAUCUAGCUCUGAAGCCAUUAUGUGGCCCCUAAUUCAGAGGACAUCUGCCUAAAUUCAAUCAGUUCCAUAGCCAUGGCAGAGGGAAGACAGGCCUGAGUCUUACUUCCCAGCAGCCUUAGUGAGUUGGGUCCUGUUCAGACAUCAAACAACUCACAUCGGUUGUGCCCUGUCCUGAAUCUUUUCCCAUUUCAUUCUUUACUCCAAUGUUCAGUCCUUGGACCUGCCUCUGAGACUCCAGUCCCAUUUCUCCCUUGGCCUUGAAGCAUGUCAGGACCAAAAAUCUUUGCCCAGCCACUUCUCAAAGGGUAGAAUUUGAAUGCCAUUUAUCUGAACCUCUCCCCCCGCCAACCCCCACUCCGAUUCCCCCAACCCCCUUAACCACAGUAGGGGCUUCAGCCUUUCACUCCACUAGGAGCUCCGCAGUCUCUCCCUCCCUUAUGGACAGCCUAACUUAUCAAGAAUAUCCCUUCCCCCUGGUUUUUCUUCAGAAAACUGUGUUCUAAACAGUUAGCUUGACAAUCUUCUGGCUGCAUUGUGCUGAGGGACCUGUAUAACCCAAGCAAAGAGGUUUCCUUUUGAGCCAAGAAAUGGUUUAGGUUUUCACCAAGAAGCUUUCACUCUAGUAUCCCUGUUGGCACUAAAUCAGGAGUCAAUGGAGAGUGGAAUGGGAACCAUGGUGAAAGUGGAAGGAAAUUUAGCAAAUUUGAAACUAUACCCCCGGCCCCAAGUGAAAUGGACUAGAGAUUCUUGAGCCCCAAUGUGAGUUUAGAUUCUGGCUCAGAUCAAGCAGAAAGAAGAUGUCCUUACUGUCUUCUCUCCCUUCCUCUCCCAAUCAAGGCUCAAAGAUGAAUAACGGUACAGGACAGCCCUAGGUGAUUUUUCUUCUGUAGUUCAGGUAGCUCAGACACUCAGGAUCACUUACCGACAGAGAACUGAUGGUGCCAAAACGAGUUUU